CAGGUGCUCCAAUCCCCUCCAAAUCAUGUGAUUCAGGUGCUCCAAUCCUCUCCGUAUCAUGUGAUUCAGGUGUUCCAAUCCCCUCCCAAUCAUGUGAUUCAGGUGCUCCAAUCCCCUCCAUAUCAUGUGAUUCAGGCAUUCCAAUCCCCUCCCAAUCAUGUGAUUCAGGUGCUCCCAUCCCCUCCAUAUCAUGUGAUUCAGGUGCUCCAAUCCCCUCCAUAUCAUGUGAUUCAGGUGUUCCAAUCCCCUCCCAAUCAUAGUCAAUAGCUAAAGACCUCCAAACUUGGUGUGGCCUUCAGAUGAGCCCAACAACAGUGUGUAGAGAGCUUCAUGGAAUGGGUUUCCAUGGC